AUGAAAAGUAUUGUUGGUCAUUCUUUUACAAAAAUGAACUUAACAGUUUAUGUUUCUUUGUUUGAAAAGCAUAUGAAGUUAUUAUUAUUAAAUAUGAAUGAUAAUCAAAAAUUUUCUCCAACAAUUUUAAUACCUAAAUUUAGCUUAAAUGUUAUUAUUGAAAUCUUAAUAUCAAAAGAAAUUCCAUAUAGUGACAGAGAAGAUUCAGUUCUAACACAACUGAUUAACCCAGUAAAAGAACUAUCAGAUAGUUUGUCCAUUGAUAUUUCUGAUUAUAUCAGUAUUUUUAAACCAUUUUUUUAUUUUAAAAGAUUAAAAUAUAAAAAUACUGCAAAACAUGUUUUUAAUUUAAUGAAUGAAAUAUAUAUGGAUCAUUUUGAAACUUUAGAUUAUAAAAAACCCAGAGAUGUAAUGGAUGAGUUAAUUAUUGAAACUGAAGGUGAUCAAAAAUCUGUUAUCCAUGUUUGUUUAGAUAUUUUUGCUGCUGGUGUUGAUACAUCUGCGCAUUUUAUUGAGUUUCUAUUGUUAUAUUUGACAAACCAUCCAGAGUAUCAAGAAAAGAUCUAUCAAGAAAUUAUGACAAUUGUAAAUGAUAAUAAAAGUCUUGAUUUUAUAUUUUACAAAGAUUGUGACAUAAAUAAAUUGGAGUUUUUGGAUGCAUGCAUUAAAGAGACAUUACGGUUACGUCCUAUUGUUUUCUUGGGUCUUCCUAGAGUUGCAACUGAAGAUACAAUGAUUAAAGAUAUUUUUGUACCAAAAGGAACCCAAAUUAUAGGGAAUGUAUUUGGUAUAUUAAAUUCUGAAAGUUAUAUUAAAUCUCCUUCAAUAUUUAAACCUGAAAGGUGGAUUGAAUAUUAUAGAGCCAAAAAACAAAACCCAAAUGUUUUUGAAAAUAGUCUAUAUAACAAUCUUGAUAAAAUUAGUGUUCAUUUUGGUAUUGGAAAUAGAAGUUGUUUAGGGAAAAAUCUUACAGUUAUCCAAGCAAUUGUUUGUAUUACAAACAUUUUAUAUAAAUAUAAAUUAGAACCAUUUGAUGGGAAAUUAAUUGAUGAUACAGAACAAUGGAGUGUUGUAAUUAAACCAAAACAUUAUAAUUUAAAAUUAAUUAAAAGAUAA